ACCGGUCCUUGCCGCUGAUGAUCGCUCGUCCUGCAUAUAACCUGGUAGCCGUCGCUUGCUUGCUCUGUCUAGUAUCAUGCCUGUCCACACCUCCGUCUUCUCACCAUGAAAUUCGCCAAGGAGCUGGAACAGCAACUCGUUCCAGAAUGGCGGGCCAAAUAUCUGGACUAUAAGACCGGCAAGAAGAAGGUGAAAGCGAUUUCCCGAUCCCUCCAAAAGGCAACCCGAAGCCCCAGUCAUCCCUCCCUCCAGCGACAUACUUCGGUACACGGCGAUCAGCUCGAGCGACCCGUCGGUUCUGAUCGCCCUUCCCCGUUCCAACGCACCAGUAGCAGGCUCGAGGUCAAUGAUCCGUCCCAUAACCCAUCCACGCCGGUUAGAAGCAAUGGUCCCACACCGCGCUCGCCGCGCUCGGGUUCUAGUCGGAGCGAGCGUCAGCCGUUGCGGGUACCUGGGUCUCGAUUUUCUGGGGUCGUUGGAAGCUAUGGAAGUAUUAUCGCCUCCCCACCGCUGAAUGCUGCAUCGUCGGACGUCGCCUCCCUCCAACUCCCAGAUCCCGCAAUUGACCCCAAGGAGAAUGAUUUUUCGUCCGAGAGAGAUACGGAGCGGAGCAGUGUGCCUGAAAGCCCGUCUCCGGUGAUGUCACGCCAUGCGAGCACACGGACAGCGACCAAGAGCAUGGCCCGUCAGAGCCCCUCGACGCCCCAGUUAACCGUGAAUAAGGAGCCCAAGAGAAAUACGAUCUCCGGCCCGACGACUAGGAGAGGCUCGCUUCUCCAGCGGGUCCUGUCCUACCCGGACUGGGACGCACCAGAGAAGCGUGGAACCCUAGACGGCGCCUCCGAGUUUGAAAAGCGACAAGACGAGUUCUUCAGCUUUCUCGACGAGGAGCUGACCAAGAUCGAGUCCUUUUAUCAGAUGAAGGAAGAGGAGGCCGCAGAACGUCUCAAGGUGCUCCGGCAUCAACUCCAUAUCAUGCGUGAUCAACGCACUCAGGAAGUCUUGGGAGCCAGACACGCCCGGCCUGAGAAGGAAGGGACGCAAAAGUCCCACACAUUCGGUGGAUUUGGUGGAAUCACUAGCUUCGGCAUACGGGACGCUCUUGCUGGACGCCAUUUUGGAAAGAAUUCCAAAGCCCUAGCGGAGUUGGGUACCCCGUCGGCAGCCCUGCAAGGACAGGAUCCUAACCGUACCGUGACUCGUCGGGACUUCACACGUCGACCGGAAGACCCGCCAAACACCGAUGUCUCUUAUCGCUCCGCUAAAAGGAAGCUCAAGCACGCGCUCCAGGAAUACUACCGGGGUGUCGAGCUGCUGAAGGCGUACGCCUACCUCAACCGAACCGCCUUCCGAAAGAUCAAUAAGAAAUACGACAAGGCUAUCAAUGCGCGUCCUGCCAUGCGUUAUAUGUCUGAGAAGGUCAACAAGUCGUGGUUUGUUCAGAGCGAGGUCACCGAGAACCUGCUGGCUGCGGCGGAGGACCUGUACGCCCGUUAUUUUGAGCGCGGCAACCGCAAGAUUGCCGCUUCGAAGUUGCGUCACACUAUCAACAAGGCGGGGGACUAUUCCCCCAGCACGUUCCGGGCCGGCCUUCUUUUGAUGGCCGGUGUCCUGUUUGCUGCUCAGUCAUUGGUGUACGCCGUCCAACACCUUCACGGUGACGAUGGCACGCUGCGGACCCACACAAGCUACUUGCUUCAGGUUAGUCACUUGAACCCUCAGUGAAUAUGGUCAGCCAGCUAAAUCCGCGCAGAUAUAUGCAGGCUACUUCCUCGUCGUGCUCCACUUUUUGCUCUUCUGCCUCGACUGUAUGGUCUGGACUCGAGCCAAGAUCAACUACGUCUUCGUGUUCGAGUACGAUACGAGACAUGCGUUGGACUGGCGCCAGCUGACCGAGCUGCCGUCCUUUUUCCUCUUCUUAUUAGGCCUUUUCAUGUGGCUCAACUUCAUGACAAU